UUUUAUUUGCAUUGCUAAGGGAAGCUCUGCCUUGCUCGGAUGGUGGGUGUGCGGGGUCUCGAACAGGGGACUGCCGCAGUCUCAGGAAUUAAUCUCCAGAAUUCAACUUUCUCACGUUGCUGUUCCUCCUGGUGAGGGGAACCCGACCAAUCGGGGCUCCGCUGGCGCAUCACGUGCCGCAGAAUGUGGAGAUUGAGGAACAUCUCUGAACCAUUAUUUGCAAAUUGUAAUUAAACCUCCCCAAUCGUUACAAAUAAAUGAUACCUCGUUCCAGAUCCCCUUUCUGCUUUGAUCACAGUGAGAUCACUGAUGUGCUCCUGUUGUUUGGUUGCCACCCGCGUGUUUUUCUUCUCUCUGAACAUAAUCCUUAGAUAUGUACAUAUUCCUGCUGAAAUGGGUGGUUAGUUGAAGCGCCAUUGUGAGUGAAAGCGUUUUUAAAUGGGUUUCUUUUGGUGCAUUUUUCAGUCAGUGCUGGGGAGCUGUGGUGACAGCAGCACUCAGUCACACACACAUACCCACCCACACACACACACACGGAACCAGCCGGCACCGUCAUAAUAUACACUGAACAGGGACUUCGCUAACAGAAGUAUUGUUCACAUUCCACUUCAAGAUUCCAAUCUCAGGCCCUACACUUCAAUGAUCCUGCUGCCUGACUCUGGGGUUCAAAUUCAUAUCCUCAAGGAGAACUUCUUUCCAAGAAUAGCCUUUGACAGUUUCAGCCAUCAGGGCAGCAUGCAUAAUUAAAGAAAGCAACCCCUGCCAUCUUACACUGUGUAAUAGUCAAUGGAAUAAGAAGAGGUUUGAACGCCAAAGAGCAGCAGGGAACAGAGGUUUGUUCAACCAACUGACCAUGUAGAAUCUGAGAACCUGAGACAAUCACGAUGGGAAACUCUAUAUGGAGUGGUGCUGGACUUCAGCCUUGCCUGCAGCAAUCCAUUUGACUAUUAACUGGUUCUUGAUUCCUGUCCUUGAUGAGACUAAAGUGCAGCGAAUAUACAUUAGCAACCUGCAGUACAAAAGCAAAAUAAAAAUAGUGGAUAUUUUGAUCAUCCUGAUUGAACAGAAACGUAAAUACAGUCUGCACUGAUCUUACCCCUGCCAUAAAUAUCUUCAUAAAGCUGUAAGCAAUACUGUGGAAACAAUGGGAGACAUGACAAAUAGUGCGGUGGAUUUCUAUCCAAAGAACCAAAGAGGCGAGUCUAAUCAUGCAGGUGAAUUUGGGUGUUCUCUCAAUGAACUCCGCUCUCUUAUGGAGCUACGUGGAUCAGAGGCAGUGCAAAAGAUACAAGAUACCUAUGGUGAUGUGAAUGGAUUCUGUAGACGUUUGAAAACUUCACCAACAGAAGGUUUAGCUGGCAAUCCUGCAGAUCUUGAAAACAGAAGACAAAUUUUUGGUAGAAACUUUAUACCUCCAAAAAAGCCAAAAACUUUCUUACAAUUAAUCUGGGAAGCACUACAAGAUGUGACUCUUAUCAUCCUAGAACUUGCAGCCAUUAUAUCCUUGGGUCUCUCAUUUUAUCAACCACCAGGAGAGAGAAGUGAAAUGUGUGGUAAUGCUGCAGGUGGUGUGGAAGAUGAGGGUGAAGCUGAAGCAGGGUGGAUUGAAGGAGCCGCUAUCCUACUCUCCGUUAUCUGUGUGGUUUUUGUAACUGCCUUUAAUGACUGGAGCAAAGAAAAGCAGUUUCGAGGUUUGCAAAGUCGAAUUGAACAAGAACAGAAGUUCGCUGUUGUCAGAGGAGGCCAAGUUGUCCAGAUCCCAGUGUCAGAAAUUGUUACUGGUGACAUUGCACAAGUUAAAUAUGGUGAUCUGCUCCCUGCAGAUGGAAUAUUAAUUCAGGGAAAUGACCUUAAAAUUGAUGAAAGUUCUUUAACUGGAGAAUCUGAUCAUGUCCGUAAGUCGGCUGACAAGGACCCCAUGCUACUUUCUGGUACCCAUGUCAUGGAGGGUUCGGGCAAAAUGCUUGUCACAGCCGUGGGCGUCAACUCACAGACUGGCAUCAUAUUCACAUUGCUGGGUGCAGGUGGUGAGGAAGAGGAAAAGAAAGACAAGAAAGGUAAAACAAAAGAAGAUGAACGCCACUUACCAGAAGCUCCCCAGCCUCCUUCCCAUGCUGUUCCCUCCCAGCCCUUGUCUACUUCAGGUACAGAAGGUGAAGCAGGUGCAAAUGCCACUGAUAGUACAAAUGCCAGCUUAGUCAAUGGCAAAAUGCAGGAUGGGAAUAUGGAGAACAGCCAGAAUAAAGCCAAGAAACAAGAUGGCGCAGCUGCCAUGGAAAUGCAACCUCUCAAGAGUGCAGAAGGCGGUGAUGGAGAAGACAAGGAGAAGAGGAAGGGAGGUGCACCAAAGAAAGAAAAGUCCGUCCUGCAGGGCAAACUGACCAAACUGGCAGUGCAGAUAGGGAAAGCAGGGUUGGUGAUGUCGGCAAUCACGGUUAUUAUUCUUGUGUUGUACUUUGCCAUCGAUACUUUUGUGAUUCAAAAACUACAGUGGCUGCCUGAAUGCACACCGGUCUACAUCCAAUUCUUCGUUAAAUUCUUUAUUAUUGGUGUCACUGUACUUGUUGUGGCUGUCCCAGAGGGUCUUCCACUUGCAGUCACCAUCUCACUUGCCUAUUCUGUGAAGAAAAUGAUGAAGGACAACAAUCUAGUGAGACAUUUGGAUGCCUGUGAGACCAUGGGUAAUGCUACAGCAAUCUGCUCUGACAAAACAGGCACUUUGACAACAAAUCGAAUGACUGUUGUGCAGGCGUAUGUUGGUGAUGUCCAUUAUAAAGAAGUCCCAGAUCCUGAUGCUCUUCCAUCAAAAACACUGGACAUGCUUGUUAAUGCAAUAUCUCUCAACAGUGCUUACACUUCCAAAAUACUGCCUCCAGAGAAGGAAGUUGCUCUACCCCGUCAAGUUGGGAACAAGACCGAGUGUGGACUGUUGGGACUCGUCUUGGACUUGAAGCGAGAUUACCAAACUGUUCGAGAUCAGACUCCAGAAGAGAAGCUGUACAAAGUCUAUACUUUCAACUCUGAGAGAAAGUCCAUGAGUACUGUGAUCAAAAUGCAAGAUGGAAGCUUUCGGAUGUAUAGCAAAGGAGCCUCAGAAAUUGUCUUGAAAAAAUGCUCAAACAUCCUCAAUGCUGCAGGAGAGGCACGAGUCUUCAGGCCUCGAGAUCGUGACGAGAUGGUAAAGAAAGUAAUUGAACCCAUGGCUUGUGAUGGAUUGAGGACCAUUUGUAUUGCCUUCCGUGAUUUUCCAGGUAGUCCAGAACCUGACUGGGAGAACGAAAAUGAUAUUUUAAUGGACUUGACCUGUAUAGGUGUAGUUGGCAUUGAGGACCCAGUGAGACCAGAGGUUCCAGAAGCCAUUAGAAAGUGCCAACGAGCUGGUAUUACUGUACGUAUGGUUACAGGAGACAACAUCAAUACAGCUCGUGCCAUUGCCAUCAAAUGUGGCAUCAUUAAUCCGGGUGAGGACUUCAUCUGCUUGGAGGGCAAAGACUUCAACAGAAGAAUCCGGAAUGAAAAAGGAGAGGUUGAACAAGAACGUAUCGACAAGAUCUGGCCAAAACUCCGGGUGCUUGCUCGAUCAUCUCCAACUGACAAACACACCUUAGUGAAAGGUAUAAUUGACAGCCUGCAUGGAGAACGGAGACAAGUUGUAGCAGUAACUGGUGAUGGAACCAAUGAUGGGCCAGCGCUGAAGAAAGCGGAUGUUGGUUUUGCCAUGGGCAUUGCUGGCACUGAUGUAGCAAAAGAAGCCUCCGACAUUAUCUUGACUGAUGAUAAUUUCAGCAGCAUCGUGAAAGCUGUCAUGUGGGGCCGUAAUGUUUAUGACAGCAUCUCCAAGUUUCUACAAUUCCAGCUGACAGUGAAUGUAGUUGCUGUCAUAGUUGCAUUUACUGGAGCAUGUAUCACCCAGGAUUCUCCUCUGAAGGCUGUACAGAUGUUGUGGGUGAACCUCAUUAUGGAUACUUUUGCCUCUUUGGCCCUCGCCACAGAGCCACCUACUGAAGCACUUCUGAUGAGGAAGCCAUAUGGCAGGGACAAACCCCUCAUCUCACGAACCAUGAUGAAAAAUAUUCUGGGUCAUGGGAUUUACCAGCUUACUGUCAUCUUCACUUUACUCUUUGCUGGGGAGACCAUUUUUAACAUCGACAGUGGCAGAAAUGCACCACUGCAUGCCCCACCGUCUGAACACUACACUAUCAUCUUUAACACUUUUGUGUUGAUGCAACUCUUCAAUGAAAUCAAUGCUCGCAAGAUACAUGGGGAGAAAAAUGUGUUUGAUGGCAUUUUCAGAAAUCCCAUCUUCUGCAGUAUUGUAUUCGGCACUUUUGGAAUUCAGAUUUUAAUUAUUCAGUUUGGUGGAAAACCGUUCAGUUGUAUUCCUCUGCAAAUAGACCAGUGGUUGUGGUGCAUCGUGCUGGGAGUGGGAGAGUUGCUAUGGGGACAGGUAAUAUCCUCCAUUCCAACCAAUCGAUUGAAAUUUUUGAAGGAAGCAGGCCAUGGAACUCAGAAGGAUGACAUCCCAGAAGAGGAACUUAAUGAAGAUGCUGAAGAAAUUGAUCAUGCAGAGAGAGAACUGAGGCGUGGGCAGAUUCUUUGGUUCAGAGGUCUGAACAGGAUCCAAACUCAGAUCGAAGUAGUGAAUACAUUCAAGAGUGGCACUUCCUUUCAGGGGGCUCUAAGACGGCAGUCAUCCGUUACCAGCCAAAAUCAAGAUAUUCGCGUCGUGAAGGCAUUCCGUAGCUCUCUCUAUGAAGGAUUAGAGAAACCAGAGUCGAAAUCCUCCAUUCACAACUUCAUGACUCAUCCCGAGUUUAGGAUAGAUGACUCACAGCCACACAUUCCCCUAAUCGAUGACACUGACAUAGAAGAAGAUGCUGCCCUUAAGCAAAACUCCAGUCCUCCCUCAUCCCCCAACAAGAACAACAAUGCUAUUGAUAGUGGAAUCAAUCUUACAACUGACACAAGUAAAUCAGCUACCUCUUCUAGUCCAGGAAGCCCUCUACAUAGCCUGGAAACUUCACUCUAGCUGACCAUUUCUGUGAAAAAAAAACAGAACAAAAAAAAACUGCUGGCUGAUAAACUGUUCUGAUUGUGCUCUUCUAUGCUCUGUAGCAAGAAGGGAAACUGCUGGAAGGAUGAUUUCUUGUUUGGCUGACCCUCCUCAAGAUAG